UCUUCUUUUGUCCGUGCUUCACAUCCCUACUAUUUAAAAUGAGGAUGUUCAUCUUAGUACUCCCAACUUCCUUCAAUGCUGUGUUGCUAAAACAAACCAAAGGUACGGAUUGAGAGAUGAAAUAUGUGUUUGUCAAAGGCAGCUUUUAUAGAAAGGGGUGGAGAGAGCGCAUUCCACAAUGAUUUCAGACACACGGGAGUGUGCAGCUAAAGUAAGACUCAAAUCAAGCACAGGACAACCACACAGGAGACAGCGGGAUCAACCUUCAAGCUCCAGUUGCUUGGCUUCGCAGCUGCUUUGCGCUAUCUCGGUUGGGUCCUUCAAAGGAUGAAGCCCCAAGAGAAACGGACCCGCCCCGUUUCUCUUGACUGGCAGACAUGGCCUCAGCCUGCAGCAUCCUUUAUGAAGAGCAGCUCCUGUGUUCAAUCUGUCUGGGUGCGUUCAAUGAGCCCGUCUCCACUCCAUGUGGACACAACUUCUGCAAGGGUUGCAUCACGCAGUACUGGAACAGUCAGAUCAAUGGACCUGCAAAAUGUCCCCUCUGUUUGAAAAAGUUGGGCAACAAACCGAAGCUCAGGGUCAACACAGAGUUCAGAGAUGUGGUGGAGCAUUUCAACCGCAUCAGAGAAAAAGAUGGACCUAAGAACAUCGCCCAACCAGGAGAGGUUCCCUGUGAUGUCUGCAACGAGCCAAAGCUCAAGGCCCACAAGACGUGCCUGGUGUGUUUGGCCUCGUACUGUGAGCCGCACCUGGAGUCCCACCAGAAGCUGAAGAAGCACAAACUGAUCGAUCCCGUGUCCAACCUGGAGGACAGGGUGUGCAAGAAGCACGACAAGAUGCUGGAGCUGUUCUGCCGCACAGACCAACACUUUGUUUGCGCCAUGUGUUUGAACGACGACCACGAGGCGCAUGAGGCGGUCACCCUGGAGCGCGUGUUCAAAGACAUGAGAGCCACGUUGGAGAGCGUGGCCUCAGAGAUGAAAAAGAUGGAGAAUGUUAAAUCAGCCAGUGUUAAAAAAAUCAAAGGCUUACUUCAGAAGAGCAGGAAAAUGUCAGUAAAUGAUAUUGGUCAGAUUGUACAAGUUUUAGCACCUCUGAUGGCUUCUCUGCAAAGAAAGCAGAAUGAGUUGGUUAAGGUAGUUGAACAGAAGCAGAAAGAAUCAGAGAAACAAGCUGAAGACCAGAUAACUCUGCUGGAGCAAGAACUUUCUGAUUUGAGAAGAAGAAGAUCUGAAAUUGAGCGUCUUAUAAAGUCAGAAGACUACCUCUACCUGCUGCAAAACUGCCCAUCCACACUAACACCUGAGACCCCUAAUCCGAUGGAUCCACUAACUGAGCAGCACAUCUAUGCAGGGUUAGUGAGACAGUCAGUAGCCCCGAUUAAAGAAAGAGUCAAUAAUGAGAUGGAGAUCCUGAUUCAAAAGAUCAGGUCGCCUAAUUGUUGUGAUCCACCUGAACAGUCAGAAGAAACUGAAGACAUGAGUGCAACAAACUCUCCUGAAGGUGUGUGGCGUCCACCGAAGGACGAGCUAAUGAUGAUUCAGCAAUGCAAUGAAGUCAAUGUGACUUUAAACUCCUACAGCGCCCACCCAUACCUCAUAGUGUCUGCAGAUGGGAAGGCUCUGAGCAUCAGAGAAAGUGAGCCAUUGUUUCCUGCUUUUGGCUGGAGAUUUGAACAUUACUGUGCUGUGUUGGCAAACGAAGGUUUUUCUUCAGGAAGAUUCUACUAUGAAGUUGAGGUCAACAGAAGUGAAUCCUGGGUCUUGGGAGUGGUCAAAGAGUCCAUUAACAGGGAUGAAAUGUUCCCACUCAUACCUGAGCAUGGAGUCUGGGUAUUAUUUGGAUCACUAUGUCCAAAAAACUACGAGAAAAUUGGUGUAUUUGUUGAUUAUGAGAAGGGAGAAGUCUCCUUCUAUGACACAAUGGCCAGGACUCUGAUACGGUCGUUCACAGAAUGUUGCUUUACUGAGACCAAAACAGGACUACAAGCUCUUCUUUACUCUUUUGUUGGACUUUCCACUGUUCACAGGCCAAAGCUUUACCCUUUCUUUUGUUUUUCUGGAUUUAUAACUGAUACUCUUGCCAUCACUCCUGUACAAUGUACAUCCUAAAAUGCUCGAGAAAAGAAUAAUCUGAUUCAGAGUUUUUGUUUACACCAGAGAUACUAAUAAUAAAAUCAAUGCUUGAAGAUGUUGAUUAGAAGCUCCCACUGGAUCUUGUAAUAUUUUCCAUUUUAACUGAAGUAAUUGCUCUGGUGUUGAUCUGGAACAAAUCCUCGCUCUGAGAAAUUCACAGAAAGAAUCUGGCUAAAUUUCUAAUAAAGAAAG